AUGCAGAUGACUUUCUGGGGCGCACUUGGCUCUGUAGCCAGAUUCGGAACUGUUGCCAUUGUUGUGGCCACUACGAUGGCCACAUUUUCUAAUCAUCGCAUAGAUGACGAAGAAGGUCCCCUCUCUCUCACGAACUGGACCGAUGAGGAGGGCGAUGCCUGGUGGUGGAUCCCAAUGUUGCAUGCCGGGUUGAUAGUCGAGGCUGAUUGA